GCAUGCUCCGGUGCCCUUCUCGGUCUCUCUAGCUCAACAAGUCAGAAACAGUUUUGUAUCGGCAGGAAAGAAGUCAGCAAUGAGCUACGUGCAAGAGAAAUGGUCGCCGGCAAAGGAAAAACAACUUAUUGAGUCGCCGGAUUACAAGACGUCGUGUUUGUCAACAUUGAAGUCGUUCCUCAGCUUCAGCAGUGGUGGUAGUGGUAGUAGCAACAGCAGUAGUGAGGAUGGCAGCGACAUGGAUGGCACAAGCGACAUGCGCCAUGCGUAUUCGUUCUCGUCAAAUGACGACGACGUCCAGCCGAUCCGUAUCUUCUCGCAGUUCGACUCCACGCAGCGCUUAAAAAGGCUACGGACCCUCAUGAAAUUGAACAACCUCACAGCAUACAUCAUACCUUCCGAGGAUGAGCACCAGAGCGAGUACACGUCUGUGAAGGACCAGCGGAGAGCGUACAUUUCCGGGUUCACCGGGUCGGCAGGCGUGGCCAUAGUCACGCUGCAUUCGGCUGCACUCUCCACCGACUCGAGAUACUUCCUCCAGGCGUCAGAACAGCUCGACGGGAACUGGACGUUGCUUAAGCAGGGUGUCAAGGGAUAUCCUAGCUGGAUGGUUUGGGGUAUCGACGAGUGCGUCUACCAGAUGGACCAGAUGGGCGAGACGGGCGACAUAGGUGUCGGUCCGAGGUUGAUCACGUGGAGCAUGGGCAACGACCUUAUCCGCAAGACACACGAAAACAACAUACGACUUGUCAACGAUUUGGAUAAGAAUUUGAUUGACGCGAUCAGAGGGAAACUGAAGGACACUGGCAACCACGAGGUCUCCAUAUAUCCAUACAAAUACUCCGGUAUGGACACGAGUGACAAGAUAGUCAGAGUCCGGAAGAUGAUGCAGCAAGAAGGAUGCUUUGCAUAUGUCUCGAACAUGCUUGACUCUAUUGCGUACUUGUUGAACCUACGCGGCAACGACAUCAUCUUCAACCCGGUGUUUUUCUGCUACGUGAUCAUCUACAUGGAUGAGGUGGUGCUGUACAUCGACAAGAAGAAGCUGACGGCAGAGGUACAGACAUACCUGAGCGAUCUAAGAAUCGAUGUUAGAGUGUACGAUCAGAUCUGGAAUGAUUUACCUGCAAUCACAAACAAGUCUCCGGAGGAGAAAGAGAGCAACAAAAUAUGUCUCGAAUUGAACUCGAGCUACUCGAUUUACAUCAACAUCCCUUCAACGUAUGAAAUUGUUUUUCGAUCGAUAUUGACAGAACUCAAAGGUGUCAAGAACGACAUUGAGAUGGAGAACUUGAGAGAAUCCCAAACGAUCGACAGUUUGGCGAUUGUGAGAUUUUUGAGCUGGUUCGAUGCAAACCACCCGAAAAGACGGCUGAACGAAUUGGACGUUGUCGACAAGCUGUACGAAUUCAGGAAUAAGUCGUUGAAGUUCAAGGGAUUGAGCUUUGAGACCAUAGCUGCGAGCGGAGCCAAUGCUGCUAUCGUUCACUAUGAACCCACGAGUGACAACUUUGGUGAGAUCGAGACAGACAACGUGCUUUUGCUCGACUCCGGAGGCCAAUACCUCGAAGGCACCACAGACAUAACCCGGACCACAUAUGUUUACAGAGACAAGAAGCCCAGCGACGAGCUCAGGCGUUCGUACACGCUAGUGCUCAAGGGACAUUUGAACAUCGCAAUGCUCCGGUUCAAGUUUGGAACGUCGUCGUACUAUAUCGACAGUCUCGGGCGAGCUCCGUUGAGGCAGUACGGCCUAGACUACGGCCACGGGACGGGCCACGGAAUCGACAACUACAUCUGUGUGCACGCCGGACCGUGUGGGCUCAGCCCGAGCCGGACGUCGUACAACUACAAGCCGCUGGAGGCGGGUAACUUCAUCUCGGACGAGCCAGGGUACUACAAGGCCGGCGAGUACGGGAUCCGUAUCGAGAGUGACGUGUUGGUUGUCAACGGGGACGACGGGCGGUUGCAGUUUGAGUAUCUGACGAUGGUCCCAUUCUGCAGAGACCUCAUCGACCUGGCCUACCUCAGCAGCGAGCAGGUCAAGUGGGUAGACGAGUACCAUCGCACGGUGUACGAGACAUUGGUGCCGCAUUUGGAAGCUGUGGACGACGUUCUGGCGAUCGAGUGGCUCAGGAGGGCGACGGAGCCUCUGCGCUGAGCAUUUACUUUUUCUGACUACACGGAUGUAUAAGACAGGCUAGCUACAUAUUAUUAUUAUAA